UGCUCUAAGGUCACACUGUUAUGGUCAAGCAGGUACAUCCACGCAAAAAAAGCUAAUUCAAGCGAGAAAAAAUUCUUUUAGAUCUGAAUUGUUUAAAAAUAACGCCCUUACUGGCCCAGUGGUCAGGUAAAAGUUGUCUCUAAAAUGACGCGCGUAACGAGAAGUGAAAUCUCCCUUGACAUGGAGUUUUGGGUAGAGGAGCUGUCGCCGGCACAAUUAGCGUAUUACGAGAAGAUUACCAAUGAGCAUAAUGCGGUAAAAGGUGCGCUCAAAAACGCGGUAAGCGCCAACGAGGGAAAGGAGCUGUUCAACGGACAGGUGUUCCAGGCAUAUUCCUUCAAGGGAAAGGUGCUGCAGGAGUUGAAGGAGGCUACGUUGCCUAAGAAGCCUCCAAAGCCGGUGGAUCCCCCUCCGACACCCUCGGCACCAUCUAGUGGUUCAGGGCGAGGCCGUGGUCGACCACCACGGCAACCCUCCAACAUCGCCUACCUGGAGUCCUCCGACGAGGGCGACGAUGAUGUUCCACUGGCUAAACGACUGGCUCUGUCUGCGGGUAAAAAAGCAAUAGCCGUGGGAAACUCAUCUUCCUCUCCAAAACUUGGUAAGAAGUCAUCUGCUUUCGCAGGUGGAGGCUCUUCCUCUGGGAAGAGUUCCCCUAUACCCAAGGGCAGCGGAAAAUCGCUAAAGGAAUCCAAACCGGACAUUGAGUCGCCACCUAAAAACUACCGACCCGCAGAAGUUAAUUCGGUGGGCGGCCUGGUGGUAGGCAGCACUGACGAAAGCAAGGAUAGCAAAGACGGGAAGGAGAGCAAGGACAACAAAAUGCAAGGCAAGACAUAUCCUUCCCUUGUGGUGCUGGCCAAGCCUUUCCUCAAGAUCAAGGAUAUGGCUGCCACCCGCAGCAAACUAGACUCAAAGGUCAAAUUGGUGCUUAUGCUGACGCCCAAUAAGUUUUGCGAGUGGCUGCUCCAGGAGGGGCUUCUUCGAGCUCAACAGCACUGCAUCAACCAUCGCAACAGCGAACUUAAGCUGGGCAUCUAUUCGGAUGUGACUAAGUUCCCAUAUACUGGUGGCUAUGUCUGGAUCAGCGAAUGUUGCCCAUACCGCUUUGUGUCUGUUUUCAACAAUUCCAUCUUUGAAGGAGCCCAGCACCCGCCCACAUUCCUGCUGAAGCUAAUAUACCACUGGGCCUGCCAGACCAGCAUACAAAAUGUGGUGCAGUGGGUGAAGGUGGACAGUGUUUACAUUAAGGGAAUAUACACUUGGCUGAGAGCCAUUUGCACUCUCGCAGUGCAUCAAAAAUGCAAGAAGUUGGGAGGACCCGGAAAGUUUGUAGAGGUUGGAGUAAUUUCACUGGGAACCACUUCCCAAGAUGGCUCUCAGCGCCAGGUGAAAGUAGAGGUUCUGGGCGUCUAUGACUACGCGGAGAAAUCCAUUCGUCUGCGGGCAGUGGAACCAAUCACAGAUGGCGAUCGCAACUACAAGAAACGUUUUCAGGCCAUUCUGGAGCCACUGUCGCGAUGGGUGCACAAGGACAGCACAAUUUGCAUUGACCUGACAGUGGACAAGAUCACCCUGUUUAGCAUGGGAUUCAAAAAUAUUGUACAGGCAGCUGCUACCGAUAAUACGGCUAAGCAUAACAACUCUGCUGUAAUGGAAUAUCUGCGCCGGAUUGUGCCGCGCAUGUUCCAGAACACACUAUCGCUGCUCUCUCGCCAGAUGAUCCAGCAAUUCCUUGACGAGCUGGUCUGGCGAGAAUCUUUUGGUACAUAUGCUCUGCAGGCGUUUAACAACAUUAUCAUGCACAUCGCCGAACAGACGAGGGUAACCACUAAUGAAACCAUCACUCAACGCCUGUAUCAAGUGGCCACUAAUCCGUUCAAGGACUGGAGUGUUCUGCCUGCCAAUUACAAGGAGACUCCGGCCAAUGCGGCCCCGAAACGCCUUAAGAAACCUAUCAAUGAUGCCGACUAUAUCGUUUCUAAUAAGAUUCUAAAGAAGGAAAAGGAUCGCGACCGGGAUUCACUACCCACUGGAGCUAAGCGCGGCCGUCCACCAAAUGCCUUAAGCACACCGCCACCUCAAGUUCCAAUUAAGAAGGGCCCAGGACGGCCCCCGGGAAGCACCAACCAGCCGAAAGGUGAUAAAGCCAUGACUUCCAAGGCAGCCGGACUUUUAUCGGGAUCGAAAGCAUUUUCAAAAUCACUGGUUAAAAAGCCUAAGGAUAAGGAUGAUAAGGUUCCACUGGUAAUUAAGAAGGAGGAGGACGAUCUUAGAGGCCUAGAGGAGCUGUACUACGGCAUUAGCGAUGGCACAGAUGAAUACUAUGAGAUCUUCCCAUUCAGCACUCCGCGAACUGCUCACAACAAUCUCGUUAAGACCGUAGAGUGCCCAAUCUGUCUGAACGGCGACUCCUUCGAUUCUAAUGAGAAACUGCAGACGCACUUGGUUUCCCAUAUUUCCCCCGAGGACAAGCAGCACCAGUUUCAAUGCCUUUUCUGCUUGGAGAAACACCCCACGGAGUCCGUUUUGGCCAAGCACAACCAGAUUAUGCAUCCAACUGAGACCAAGACGGAAGGCUCGCCCUCGUAUUACUGUCUAAUCUGCCAACAACGUCACAAUUCUCUGCACCUUUUGACGGCCCAUCUCCAGAAGGCGCACAGUACACUUGAGCUUCCAUAUUGGUGUCACUCUUGCGGUUAUCGUUCAUCCUCACACCGCGAUUUGGUGCGGCAUUUUUAUGAUGACCACAAGCACCACAACUUCCUGCAAUGCCCAUACUGCUUGGAUAUUUUCUACUUCUCAAAGCGUGGCGUUGUUAACCAACUGCGGAUCGAACAUUACUUCAUGCAUUUGGAUGAGCACAUCAACAAGAGGGAUCCCUCAUUGCGUUGCCAGAAGUGCUCACUUACCUUCCUUGAGAAGGGUGAUCUUAAGCAGCAUGCGGUGCAGCAUCAUAUCAGUAUGCUUAAGACCAAUAAACCAGUGCGUCUUUUGCUCAACAACUCGAUGUUGAUUCCACCGCCAAAGAUUCGCACACAUCAUCGCGAGCAGCCACCUUUCUCCUCCUACAAGCGGCCAGUAUUUUUUGCUUUCUUGGAGGGCAAGACUUGUGCCGAGUGCAAUUCCGAUUACGCCAGCGAGGAAACACAUUACACUGGUUGGCUGCAUUGCGUUAAAUGCAAUUAUCAAACCUGUUGCGAGCGAGCUCAAUUCCGACAUGGCGUGGAAUGCAAUGGAAACUUUGUGGAUGCAAUGGAAGUCAAUAUGCCACAGGAGAUGCACUGCAUCUGCGGGUUUGCCACCGGCAACGGUAACAAAAUGGCUCAGCAUUUGGCCAACUGUGGUCUUAGCACCUGCUAUCCCAGCUUGGAAGCGGCAAAUGAAAAUGCCGUGAAACGCAAUAUGCUGGAUAUGUUGGGUCUGGUUCGACGUGAUGGAGAAACUUCGGGCGAAGGUGCGGAAAUCAGCGAGAAUGCCGACGAUGGAACGGACCAGAACUCCGACAUAAUGCCGCCACAGGAUGAACAUCAUUUGCAGCAGCAUCAUCAGGAUGUGGGACACCAGCAGCAGCAACACAUGCAGAGGCAGGAACAACCAGAUGAGCCUCAAGCGGGGCUUCAACAGGAAUACUUGUCGGCGCCAGUGGAGCACGAACGUGUGCAGAAUCUGCCCGUUCAUCAGAGCAUGCCAGUACAGCAGACCGGUCCAAUACAAUUUGGAGAAAUGGAGGCUGCUCCCGUAAUGCUUGAUACUCAGCAACAGGUGCAGGCCACUCCGGAUUAUGCUCAAGUUUCUGUUGUGCAGCAGCAUCAACAACAACAACCCUACGGACUGAGCAACUACGGGCAGAGUUCGUUGGCCACGGAUAUCGAUAUGCCUCUCAUUGGAGAGCUAUCCGAACCAAAUGCUCCGCCCACACCACAGUUUCUGGGCGAGGUGCACACACCCAUGUUCGAUGCCGUGGCCGCCGCUGAGCAGCAGCACUAUCACGCCCAACACCAUCAUCACUCACAAUGAUAUAGGCCACAUGGCAAGCUAAAAUCACGCGACUACACUCUUCAUUGGCAGAACUACUAGUUAAAGUAUAUCCUAAAUUUCUUAAUCGUAUAUUGGCCAUAUCUCGGAUUCAUCAUAGACAUUGCAAUUGACAGUAGCAUAGUAAUAUAUAUUUGAACUCGAACUUAUAAUACAACUGCUAAUAAAAUUGUAUAGCAUCUAGUUAAGUACUGCAUAUUAAGUACCGCUCUUGACAUUAAUAAUUAUAAAGAUUAAAAUCUCAAUUGCACAAAGGUUUCGGCCAGGUAGUAUGCAAGAGAUCCAUUUAUCCCGGUGUAAUCUGUAUCUUUACAUUUUAAAUAUCUGUAAUUCAUUCAAAUUUACUUGCAUAUUGAAAGUAAUCAUAUUGUCUAUAACGCAAAUACAUUGUAUUUUUAAUAAAUUCACUCUUUUUUAA